AUGGAAGUUGACAUGUGUUCCACGUCAAUUAUUUCGCUGAAUUUUGAUUUAUGCCAAGUAUGUGGUCAAGCGGCUCAUGGAAAACAUUUUGGAGCUAUCACUUGUAGGGCUUGUGCAGCAUUUUUCAGAAGAUCAGCGAAAGUAUCGAAAUCUGUGUAUAAAUGUCACAGGAAUGACAAAUGUGAAGUUCUGCGAAACGGUCGGUUUGCUUGUAAAAAGUGCAAACUGAAGAAAUGUGUGUUGGUUGGAAUGGACUCAAACAGAUUUGUAUUUGGACGAGAUCUCAUAUCAGCUAUGGAGAGUUUUCGAGGUCGGGCUAAGAAACUAAAUUACACUGAUGAUUUACCAGAGACUAUCGAACACAUAUCAGGCCGACCACUUUUUGUAAUUUACAUGGACGCGGAACAAUUUUAUCAAUCUGAAAAAAGUUACAUUAAUCUUCAGUAUUUAAUUGAUGAAGGAGCUAAAGUUCUUGAGUUGGGAUCAGAGACACCACUUUUUGCAAAAAAUAGCCUGCAAAAGCUUGCUAUUGGAUUGAGAACUGUCAGAGAUAAAUCUUAUACAAAUCAAAGUGUUGGAUUUCAAAAAUUGCAUAAAAUUGGAAAAGAACAAGCGAUUUCGUUCUGGGAGAAGGAUUUUCUGGCAGUGGCAAGAUGGUUAACUUACUUUGAUGAUUUCCAAAAACUACCUCGUGAGAUGCAGAUAACUCUACUAAAAACUAUUUGGCAUAUUUGGACUCGUCUUGAAAAAUUAUCAUUAACUGCGGUCAGUCGUCGCAACAACCUCUGUCAUAAUAAUGAAAUGAUGUUACAUAAAAACUCAUCUUAUAACCAAAAAGAAGUGGAAAUGGACAUUUCAUGGAUCACUAAAUUUCCCAAAGAGAAACUGAAAUUCCUGUUUGAUGAGCCUCAAAACUGGAUAGACUUAGCGACUUUGGAUCCAUUGAUGGAAUUACAGCCGACGGAUGUAGAACUGUCCUACAUGAUGUGCCAACUUUCUUUUCAUUACGCUGGAAAACGACAUCAAGGAGAGAUUCUAGAAGUGACGGACCGGUUUCAAGAUCGUCUUGCUAAUGACCUCCAUGAGUAUUAUGUCAAUGAAUUACGCAUAUCUCGAUACUCUGGAAGACUGAAUCAGAUGAUGAGAAUAAAUAACAGAAUUCAAGAAGACAUUCGAGCAAAACGUGUCAAACGAGAAUUAGCCGAUAUUUUUUCAAUUUAUUGUGCAGAAUUUUCACAUCCAGAAAUGUUUAAAGACACUUGA